UCUACUCCAACAUCCGACCGCAAUAGCAUCCAUCAUACGACGACAGUUUUCGAUAGACGCCGCGACAACAGGCAAACACCCAGACUUCCAGACGCCAGAUAGACACAGACAGACAAGAGACAACCAGCAGACAAUGCCAGGAUGGCUGCUCUAAUGGGUGACGUCUUUACCGAUACUCCGCGCUUCCACGACAGGAUGCACCCUCAACACUCCUCGUCCCACUAUCAAAGCCCCUCCCACUCCUCCUCCUCGCCAUCAACGACCACCUCGUCCGCGGCCGCCACCCGCCCAAGAACGACCUCGAUUCAUAACCCUCAGUCUCGCCCGACCCCGAGCCCUAGGAGGCAGGCCGCCGCAAUCGCUACGACUCCAAUUCCACGAUAUGCUUCCUCUUCGCAGCAACAGCAACCUCAAGGCUGGAUGGAGUCCACCCCAAGCACCGAUGACGCACAGGCAAAGCACCACCAAGAGUUCACCGGAGGCGCCUCCCGUUUCCCUUCCCCACCUUCGUCUGCUUCUCCAAACAGACCCCUCCGACAACAACAACAACAACAACAACAACAACAACAACAACAACAACAACAACAACAACAACAACAACAACAACAACAACAACAACAACAACAACAACAACAACAGCAACAGCAACAACAACAACAACAGCAACAACAACAACAACAGCAGCAGCAGCAGCAGCAGCAGCAGCAUGGCGUCCACGAAACGGUCCCAACAUCGGCGCAUGACCCGUCUUCAGCUUCGUCUUCUACCGCCUCGUCUACUAGCACCGCAGCCACCGUAGUGCCCGCCGACCAUUCUGGGGGUGGGAGAGGUAUCCCCUCUCCGGCUCUGGACGCCGACAGCAACGGUCGCAGUUGGAACCCGUCUGUCCAGCACAGCCACCGCACUGUUCCGUCCAACAACCAUCUCCCAAUCGAUGACCGACCCAACACCCCCACUGCUCGCAUCCCCAACUACCAACAAGCUCACCAACUCCCUCCUCCACCCCAGCCCAAGGUGAUCAAGAUCCGCGACCUCCACCACAUCCAAACGCUCGUUUCACAAGAUGGCCACCCGCUCUCUGCCUCUUCCGGAACUGGCAAUGGCAUGCUUACCGACGACCCCCCGCUCCAACAAAUGCGCUACGAAAUCAGCGGGAUGCCCAUCUCGGAUAUCAUCGAGAUGGUGGCGGCGCUUUUGACCAAGAUCACGACUACAAACGACUUACAGCAUGACGCAUUGCAGAGGAAUCAGGUGCAUAUGAGGCAGGCGGAGGCGCAGGCGAGACACCAAGAGGAGCGACAACGACGAGAGAAGGAAGGCGAGGAAAGUAGCGGGGGCCGAGGCCGGAAUGGGAGCAGUAGCGGAGGGCCAGGAACUGGGAAUGGCGCAGGGAGCAGUAGGGAGGUCGGACACAGCAGCAGCAGCGGACACAUGUCCCCGCUUUCCUCCUCUGUCCUCGCCUUCCACGGUAAGAACGUGCCGGCCAUCACAAUUCUCAGCUACCUCACCCGCAUCCACAAAUACUGCCCCACCACAUAUGAGGUGUUUUUGUCACUGCUGGUCUACUUUGACCGCAUGACGGAAAGAGUUAACGAUAUGGUGAUGAAAAGCGAAGAGGAGCGGAGAAGAAGACACCACGAGGAGCAGCGUGCCCGACAGGAGAGGGAGAAGCAAGCUUCUGCGACGGCGGGUUACGAAAAGGGGACGGCAGAUGAUCCAGAUGUCCCUAUGCGGGAUUCGCCUGAUGAUGACAAGAGACAUGAUAGCGACGAGACAGACUCGGACUUGGCCGACGAUGACGACGAAGAGAUGCCGGAUGAGCCAAGGCAGAGUAGUGGGAGCAGGAGGGCAAGGGAACAGGAAGAGGAGGACGAGCAGGCGACGUAUUUUGUCGUGGACAGCUUCAACAUUCACAGGUUGAUCAUCGCUGGAGUGACGUGCGCGAGCAAGUUCUUUAGCGAUGUGUUUUAUACUAACUCGCGUUAUGCUAAGGUCGGCGGCCUUCCCCUCCCAGAACUCAACCAUCUCGAGCUCCAAUUUCUCCUUCUCAACGACUUCCGCCUGGCGGUUCCUGUCGAAGACCUUGAAGCAUACGCCACCAUGCUGGUAGAGUUCUAUGCCAGGGAAGUUGUUGCGCAGACGACACGAGGACGAUCUAGCGCCUCUGCUAGUGCCACUACUGUUGCUGGGUCGAGUAAUGCUGGUGCUUCGGCAGCGGAAUAGAAUACUGGUAUUACCGAUAGCAUGGCCGAGGAAAUGGAGAGAUUAGGUCUUUCAGAAAGUGAAGAGGAUUCGGAGGGUUCGGGGAAUGUUUGGGAAUGUGAAGAGGAUGGGAGAGAGCGAAGUACCUACUCCGAAACAAUUGGCGUCCGGGGGGAAAUUGGUACGAACAGGGUGGGAGAUGAGGAGACGACGUAGGAGGAUUUAAUUGCUGUUCUCGGAUACAAAGGAGAGAUGGAUGCUGCCUUGCGAAGCGGAGAGGAGGAUACGGGGAGCGUGUGUGGUGUGCCAGCGUUUGUUGUGGUAUCGUUGUUGCCGUUCUGUUGUUGAUGUUGUUUUUGUUGGCCAGCAGUGGGUAUGUUUGCCGUUGGUAGUCGGUUGAUGACGUUUUCGCUACUUCAAGUUGUCUCUUUUUGGUC